AUGGGCCGGGCUCGGGAAGUUGGUUGGAUGGCAGCAGGACUAAUGAUUGGAGCUGGUGCCUGCUACUGCGUUUACAAACUAACCAUAGGAAGAGAUGACAGUGAGAAGCUGGAGGAGGAGGAAGAGGAAUGGGAAGAUAACCAAGAGCUGGAUGAAGAGGAAUCCCAGAUGUGGUUUGAUUUUAUAACUAUGAUUCGGCCCUGGAAUGAGGAUGGGGACUGGACUGAACCUGGAGCUCCUGAUGGAACAGAAGACAGGCUCUCAGGUGGGGGCAAAGCCAAUAGAAGACACCCAACAAGACAGCGUCCAUUCCCUUAUAAACAUAAAAAUACUUGGAGUGCUGAAAGCCUUAAAAUUUUCAGUUGUGCUCUUGGCCUCUCCCAGGGUCCUUUCAUUCAGGGGAAAAUGUUUGCUCAGCCCGAGGAUGCUGGUUUUUCAUUUGGCCACAAUAUCAAUAGUCAUUUGACCAGCCUCUCCAUUGUUGGAAACACGAUCCCCACUCCCGAGCCCACUGUUAAGCAGGCUUUAUGUGCCCUGGAUAAUGAGAGUGCCAGUGUGGAAAAUCAGGGCCAGAUUAAGAUGUACAUCAGUGAAGUGUGUCAGGAAACUGUGUCACAUUGCUGCAACUCAUUUCUGCAGCAGGCCAGAUUAAAUUUGUUAAUAAGCAUGACAGUUAUUAAUAACAUGCUUGCCAAAUCCGUUUCAGACCUGAGGUUUCCUUUGAUAUCAGAGGGAAGUGGAUGUGCUGAGGUUCAUGUUUUGAAACCGUUGAUGGGUUUGUCUGAAAAACCAGUCUUGGCAGGGGAAUUGCUAGGUCCCCAAAUGCUGCUCUCAUUCACGUCCCCCUUUAUCAGGAAUGGAAACAGACAGGUUCUCCUGGACACCCUGGCCUCUUAAAAGACCAUGUCAAA